ACCUUCUACGAUGUUCUUGCCCUUAACAACUCAGUAGGGUUUAAGAUUCAAACUAUACCCAGCCCGACCGAACAAAAACCCUACUCCACCCUUAACUUCAUAUAUAUUGGCCUCCUUUUUCCCUGCAAUGGAAUUCCACUUCUCCGUGCCCUUGGCUAAUCCCUGCUCCGAAAGCCCCAAGUUUUUUCCUUUUGGAAAUGGUGGGAUUUAUAUCUGAACCCUCCUCUGUUGAUGACCUCGAACAAGCUUCAAAGUUCAAGGAUUCGUACAACUCACUUGACCCUUUCGACCCCACAUCCGCCGAAUUCUUAUUCUCUGAUUCUUUCCCAGAUUUCGAUUCUAUAAAAGACUGGUUUGAGGAUACAAUAAUCCCAGGUAUGGAUGAUAUAAGAAAGUUUGAGUUUGGAACUCCCGAGGAGCCCAUUGAGCUUGUUCAAGUCCAGACUCCACGAGGGCCUGAGCCAAUUGGUAAUGUUUCUGAGCCAAUUGUUCCUGGGUAUGAGGCAAGCGUUGCUGGGUCUGGCUGUAGGGUGAAGGUGGAGGAGUGGGAGUGUGAAAACUUAGGGAAUUCGAGUUAUUGCAUUGAGGAAGAGAUGAGGAAGAAGGUUAUUUUGGGUAGUGAUCCUGGUAAUUCGGAUCUAGGCUGUGGGAAUGAUAUGAAGAGUAAGAUAGAAAGUGACGGAGAUGAGAGUGGAAGUUCGGAGUCUGAGAGUGAAAGUUCGUUUUCGUCAGCGGCAGCUUCAAGUACUGGUAGUAGUGACGAUGAGGAGGAGGAGGAGGAGGAGAAAAAGGAAAAGAAGGUGGAGGUGAAGAGGGUUGCCGAUGAGGCAGGUGAAGUUGAAGAAGGAGAGAUAAGGGACGGUGAUGAUGAGCAGGAGAUGAAACGUGGGACUGAUGACGACGGUGAAAACAAUGAAGUGUAUGGAAAGGGGAUGGUUGAUUGGAGCGAUGUUGACGAGGGUGACGAUGACGAUGAAUGCGGUGCUACAAGAGGACCCAUUAGAUCAACUCAUGAACUUGAGGUCCUCCCUCCUGUUCCUCCGGUGGAUGUGACCCUGCAACCACAUCAUCAGAUGCUACCUGUGGGAGUUGUCUUAUCAAUUAUUGGUGCUCAAGUCAUUAUAGAAGGGGUUGAGAAGCACAAUCCUCUUAGUGAGGGUUCUAUCCUCUGGAUAACUGAAAACAGAACCCCACUGGGGCUGGUGGAUGAAAUAUUUGGACCUGUCAAAAACCCGUACUAUAAGGUAAGAUACAAUUCAGAUAACGAAGUCCCAUCUGCAAUCCAUGCUGGCUCUUCGAUCUCUUUCGUACCAGAGUUUGCCAAUCAUGUGCUCAAUGACAAGGAUCUUUACAAGAAAGGUUAUGAUGCAUCUGGUGCAAAUGAUGAAGAGGUGACGGAUGAGGCAGAGUUUUCUGACGAUGAGAAAGAGGCUGAGUACAAGAGAAUACAAAAAAUGACAAAGAGGGGCAUAAAUGAACCGAAUGUUAGAAACAAGAAAAACAAUAGAAAGGUCAAAAAUAGGGAUGGGCAAUGGAAAAAUGCUCAACCAUCAUCACGUCAACCACAGACACGUGUCAAUCAGCUAGCAUCCACUCAAAACCAGCAUAAUUUCUCACCUGCUGCUGCAUUUUCUGUAGGACAAGGUUAUGUUAGUGGACCUGGCCUAGUUCCACCAUUUCCCCAACAGCACAGACAGUUGGUUUUAACACAACACCAAAUGGAGUUUGGACAAAUGGGAAUUACGGGAUGCCGUUUCAGCCAUCACAGGGUGCAGUCUUUCCUAAUGGAUUCCCAACUAAUGGUAUGACCUGGCUCCCACCGAAUCCUCACCAGCACCUGAUGCCUAUGCCAAACAGAAUGCUGUUUCAGCAGCAGUUUGAUCCUAGUCAGAGGUCACUUCCUACUGCAAUGUUACCAGCUGAACAGUCAAAUAUGUUUCUGGGACCCACAUUUGGACGUGGUCUUGCGGAUCAGAAUGCCUUAAAUCAAGUGACAUUUGGGAUGGGUUUACAGGGCCGCCAUACGCAACCAUCAACGAAUAGUGGAGAACGAGGAGUCAUGCCUAAUGGGUUGGAAGGGGAACAAAGCUGUGUUAUGCAACAAUCCUUUUUCACUCCAGGCAGUGUUGAAAAUCCCCAGCAAAGUAAUCUGGGUGCGUCUUCAUGUCGUGGAAGGAAACCAUAUCGUCGUGGGGGUGGUCGUUUUGCAGGUGGGAGAGCUGGGCGGCAAUCAAAAUGACCGUUUUUUGUGUUCCGCUUCACCAUAACGCAUUAACUUAUGAUAGGCUAUGGCCUAUGCAGUUUUGGAAUUCCAUGGUUCGUGUGUUACAUAAGCUUCGGAUAAUAUGUCGAAAAAUAUUUCCUAUGUGCAGGUGGUUGCGUUUUCUGUUGAUUAUGUAACAAAGGCAACCUGCAGCUUUAGUAGAUAUCUUCUUCGUUUUUCGUUA